AUGAGAGAUAGGCCUAUCAGCAGCAUCGAAAAUUAUACCAUACACUGCGGCGAUACUGAUGAGAAGAAAGUAGGUGGCUAUGCGAUAACUGUGAGGAACGACUACAACAAACUGGUGGAGAAACAUGGCUCAACUUUGCCCAGUUGCGCUCUUGUACGAUUGGGGGAUCGCAUGGGAUGUAAACUCCGGAUCGUAAGUGUGCAUGCACCUACAGAAUCCGUUGAAGACAACGGAAAGGACGCCUCCUAUAAUCAACUUAAUGCGUUGAUGUCUAAAAUAUCCAGCCAGCAUGUGGUCAUUGUUGUGAUCGACGCAAAUGCGAAUAUGGGGCUUGAACAGCAAUCCGAUGUUCUAUGA